AUGGCGGCGGCGCCCGGGCCGCUGGCGCACUUGUCCCGGUCGUGGCGGGGCUGGGGGACGUUUAAGGACGUGGCCGUGCACUUCUCCCGGGAGGAGUGGGAGCUCCUGGACGAGGCUCAGCGGAGCCUGUACAGCGACGUGAUGCUGGAGAACUUGGCCCUUGUGUCCUCGCUGGGUUGUCUAGGUGGCCUGGGGGACGCGGAGGCCCCUCCUAAGCCGGUGACGAGCCACAGACGCCACCUGUCAGAGAAGCCGUUUAUGUGUGGAGGGGCCGGAGAGAACGUUCCAGCUACCGUAGGCCGCCUCCAACGCCAGGCCGCCCGCAGGGAGGGGGAGCCAGCCGGGAACCCCAGGCACCGGGAGGCCGCCCCGCCCCGCGCCAGCUGCCCGCAGCGGCAGGAGGGCCACACCCCGCAGCGGACCUUCAAGUGCAGCGGCUGUGGGAAAGCCUUCCUGAAGGCCUUCUCCCUCCUUGACCACCUCGUCACGCGCUUCAAAGAGCGACCCUCCAGAUGUCCAGCAAGGGGAAACGCUUCCAGGCAGAACUUAACCCGUGCUAAUCAGCAAGCAGUUAAUGCUGGCGAGCCGUCCCAUGUGUGCCCUGAGUGUGGGAAGGCCUUCAGCCACCUGUUUCAACUGAGGACACAUCAGAAGGUUCACGAUGGAAAAGCACAUCACAGCUGCAGUGAGUGCGGGAAGGCCUUCACCCGCAAACACUCGCUCGUUCAGCAUCGCAGAGUUCACACUGGAGAAAGGCCUUUUGAGUGUGACCAGUGCGGUAAAGCCUUCACUCGCAGCUUCCACGUUGUUCGACACCAGAAGGUUCACAACACAGAGAGGCCUUACGAGUGCAGACAGUGCCGGCGGGUCUUUAGUUGCAUCUCCAACUUUGUGGAGCACCAGAAAAUACACUCCGGAGAAAGGCCCUAUGAGUGCAGCGAGUGCGGGAAAGCCUUCAUCAACAGCUCCCACCUAGUCAGACACCAGAAAGUUCACGACACAGAAAGGCCUUUUGAGUGCCGUGAAUGUGGGAAAGCCUUCCGGCAGACCUCCAAGCUCAUUCUGCAUCAGAGGAGCCACACAGGAGAGAGGCCUUACAAGUGCAGCCAAUGCGGGAAGGCCUUCAGCUGCCCCUCCAACCUUGUCCCACACCAGCGGAUUCACACUGGAGAAAAGCCUUAUGCGUGUGGAGCGUGUGGAAAAGCCUUCAGUCAAAGCUCCGCCCUCAUUCAGCACCAGAAGGUUCACACCAGAGAAAGGCCUUAUGAGUGCCCUGAGUGCGGGAAAGCCUUCAGCUACAGCUCUAACCUUGGGAAGCACCGCAAAGUCCACACUGGGAAAAGGCCCUACGCGUGCAGUCAGUGUGGCAAAGCCUUCAGUGAAAGCUCCAUUCUCAGCCAGCACCAGAGAGUUCACACUGGGGAGAAGCCCUACAGGUGUAACAAAUGCGGAAAAGCUUUCCGCUACAGCUCAAACCUCUCUAAGCACCAGAAGGGUCACACCGGGAAGGAGCGUCGUGAGCGGGGUGGCCGCAGGAAAGCCUUUGAUCAGAGCCUCAGCCUCCUGCACCACGGGAGAGCUCGAACCAAACAGAGGCCUUAGGUAGGUGCGAGUGUGGGAAGAUUAGUUGGGCUCUUUCCUGGUUCACCACAGAAGGACACACUUCUGAGGAAACUUCUGACAGGAGCCUCUGUGAGGAAGACAGGGCCAAAAUACACACAUCUCCACACCCCUCCCAGAGAGCUUGCCUAUGACUGCCAGACAAGUGGAAACUUCCAGGAGCGCCAAACUUUCAAACCCGUCCAGGUGCGUUCCCAAAUUACCUCGCCCAGAUGCCAUGUCACCAGCGGGCAGGACCCCACAGCAUGUGCCUAUUACCUCACCACACUCAGGGAAGGUGGACUCUCUCCUUACACUCCUUGGAGGGAGCCCCAGGUGGUAGAAGCCUUUGGGGGUGCUCUCCACCUCCCCCCCAUCCCCCAUUCUCAGGUGAUGCCCUGACCUAGCUCCCUCCUGGAGGUGGUGAACUGGUGUCUAAGGAUGUCCACAGGCGCCGUCCCUUCUCUGCAGGCAGUGUGGAGCCCAUACGAUGCUUGCGAGGAUGAGGCCAGCCUCCAAAUGACCCAACCCUGAGACCUGCCUCGGUGUGAUAAUAAAGGCCUUAAUGUAAUGUUGAUGCCACCUUGACUCCUGGGAUUCUAUCCCUUGUGUGUGGAGACUGAGGACAGAACUGGGACCUUACAGUGCAGAGAGAGGAGAGGCUUUGGGGAAGGAGCGCCGACCCCCACAGCAGGAGAGCAAGGAGGAGCCUGAGUGCAGCAUAACCUAAUCUGCCUUCUGAUCAGGCCUCCUGGGACAGACUGAAGGUCUCUGGGCCAAAAUCUGUGUCUCAGAUGCCAGGACUGCCUUGGGCCCAGAGUUUGGGGAAUUGGGUGUUCGUGGUAUGAGUCUCCAGCUACAUCUGGGUAGCAGGGCUUGGUUCUCUUGUUCCUAGGAAUGCCCCACAUUCCGCAGCACUGCUUUGGGGGCACUGUUGCCUGGGGCCUGUCCCUGGAGGCGGGUGUCGGUGGAUGUGGGAUCUACUGGAGCUGGAUGAAAACACAAAUGGGCGCAAACACUGGGUUUGGGGUCGGGGAGGCAGUGGCAAGUGGAGGACAUACAAACUACCACAUACCCACUCACUGGAGCAGACUGUAUUCAACUCCACAUUCAGUGACCCGGUGGAAGUUUCACUACAAAAAUUAGCAAGCGGGGGCCUCCCAGUGCCGCAAGGGGUUAAGUCUCAGCACUAAGAAUCUAUCGGCAGCUGCAGCAGCACCAGUCCGAUCCCCGGGCAGAGAGCUACCCACUUGGCGCAGCAGACCUGUCCUGUCUCCCGCUGCUCCCCUCAGCAGUGGAUUUCAGCGGAUGUGCCUGUUCUGCUCCCCGCUCUGUCUCUGGGGACUCCUCUCACCCGCCCGCACUUCUGGCCUGCACCCGAGUUCGUGUAUGCAUAAGUAAAUAAAAUAAAUCUUUUUAAAAAAAAAACAACAAAAAUUAACAAUCAUGAAAACCUGAUUUGUACUGCUGGCCAUAUUGGCAGACGGUGACAUGGGCCCAGGAGACACCCAGCGCUGCAGUCCUGGGAAGUCCUGCACCGUCGGCUCAUCCUCCAGAGUCAACGCUGAGGCCUCCAUGGGGUGGUGCGACUCUCGGUGUGCUGCCCGCUGCCGGAGCAAACCACCUGAGGAUGCUGGGCCGUCCUUUACCUCACCCGCACGGCUCUCCUCCAAGACAUCCUUGCUAGGCAGGACCUGGGACGAUGAAAAGGUCUGUGGAUGGAUAAUGGUGACAGCUGCACACAACGUGAACGUAUGUGAUGCCAUUUAACUGGACAAUGAAAUGCUUAAAAUGGCAAAAUGUUUAGGAUAUUCGACAAAAAUUAAAAAAUUUUAAGCAGCCUAGGAGAG